AUGCAGCUCACACUCGCCACCUGCUUCACCGCUCUCGCGGCGUUGGCCUCUGCCUAUACUCCCGCCAACACCGCUCUACCACCCAGCGGCAAUUCUAUCGGCCAUCCUGAGCUGGGCGAGCUCAUCCCGGCCGGCCAGACGUACACCAUCACCUGGUCUCCCGACAACGGAGACCGAGUGACGCUCCUCCUCCUCCGCGGCCCCUCCACAAACGUGGUCCCCAUCCUCACCAUCGCCGAAAACAUCCCCAACACCGGCUCCUACAUCUGGGCUUCCGUCCCCUCCACCCUCGAACCAGACGUAACCGGCUACGGCAUCCAGCUCAUCGUCGAAGGAACCGGCGCAUACCAAUACUCGCCGCAAUGCGGAGUCAAGAACGACGCCUACACCGGUGCUUCUACCAGCCUUACUAGCUCCUCAAUCGUGACGCUCGUCUCCGCCAGCACCACCAGCGCCUCUUCGUCCCUGAGCUCCGGGUCGAGCAGCAGCGGCGCCGUCACCGCGUCCCUAACCAGCAGCGCACCCUAA